AUGGAGUACUACUGCUUCAUCCUGCUCUGGAUCUGCAGCCAGCAGUUAGGAUUCCAUGACUGCUUCAAUAUUGACGUGAAGAAACACAGGAUAAUUAAAGGCCCUAAACAAGCCCAGUUUGGAUACACUGUGCAGCAGCAUGUGGGGGCUGGAGGAGAAAAGUGGUUAUUAGUGGGAGCCCCGUAUGAAAUGAAUGGCCCUUACCAGACAGGGGAUGUGUAUAAAUGUUCACUGAGCAAAAGAACCAAUGGCAACGGUUGCUCCAAGCUCAACUUAGGAAGGAUAUCUCUGACCAACGUAUCGGAGCGCAAAGACAAGAUGAGGCUGGGGAUGACGCUCACAUCUAACGCCAAGGACAACAGCUUCGCCUGUGGGCCGCUGUGGUCCUACGAGUGCGGCAGCUCCUACUACAGCACAGGCAUUUGCUCCCGAGUCAAUGCGAGCUUCAAGUUCUCCAGAACGAUCGCGCCUGCCUUUCAGAGAUGUGAGACCUAUAUGGACAUAGUAAUUGUUCUGGACGGCUCAAACUCCAUCUACCCCUGGUAUGAAGUGCAGGCUUUUCUCAUCAACAUCCUUCAGAAGUUUUAUAUUGGACCAGGUCAAAUACAGGUCGGAGUCGUUCAGUACGGUGAGAAGGUCGUUCACGAAUUCAAACUCAGCGACUACAAGUCAGUUGAGGAAGUGGUGAAAAGAGCACGAAGCAUCGACCAGCGGGGGGGCGAGGAGACCAACACGGCACUUGGCAUCAACACAGCACGCUCACAAGCUUUCAAACAUGGAGGUCGACGCGGUGCCAAGAAGGUGAUGAUAGUCAUAACUGACGGAGAGUCCCACGACAGUCCAGAUCUCCAGCAGGCCAUCGAGGACAGCGAGAAGGACGGAAUCACACGUUAUGCCAUCGCUGUCCUCGGCUAUUACAACCGUAGAGGAAUAAACCCGGAGGCCUUCCUCAGUGAAAUCAAGUACAUCGCCAGCGACCCAGACGACAAACACUUCUUUAAUGUGACGGACGAGUCAGCACUGAAGGACAUUGUGGAUGCUCUUGGAGAACGCAUCUUCAGCUUGGAAGGAACCAGUAAGAACGGGACAGCGUUUGGCCUCCAGAUGGCUCAGGCUGGAUUUUCCGCACACAACGUUGAGGAUGGGAUUGUGGUGGGUGCUGUUGGGGCUUAUGACUGGAACGGAGCGGUGCUGAAAGAAACCCGUCAGGGGAAGGUGGUCCCUCCCAAGUCCUCCUACGCAGAGGAGUUCCCUGAAGAGCUCAAGAACCAUGGUGCCUACUUGGGUUACACCGUGACGUCUGUGGUGUCAGCCAAACAUGGUCGUCUACUCGUAGCCGGAGCUCCACGAUUCAACCACACGGGCAAAGUCAUCAUCUUCACUCUCAAGAACUCUGGCAACCUGACCAUCCUGCACUCCCUCAAAGGCCAGCAGAUUGGUUCCUAUUUCGGCAGUGAGAUUGCACCACUGGACAUCGAUGGGGACGGCAUCACCGACAACCUCUUAGUGGCAGCGCCGAUGUUCUUCAGCGGCGGCAUGGAGAAGGGAAAGGUCUACAUCUACAGAGUGACAGACCUGAAUCGGUUUAUUCUUGAAGGGACGUUGGAAAUCCAUAAAGACGUCCAGAACGCUCGCUUCGGCACAUCGCUCGCUCCCGUCCCCGAUCUGAACGGCGAUGGCUUCAACGACCUGGUGGUGGGAGCGCCGCUGGAGGACGAGCACAAGGGAGCCAUUUACGUUUUCUUUUGCCAGCAAAACAGAAUCAUACGCAAAUACAAACAGAGGAUCGCCGCAGCAGAUCUGGCUCCGGGCCUGCAGUACUUCGGGCGCAGUAUUCAUGGCACAAUGGACAUGAACAAUGACGGUUUAGUGGACCUGGCAGUAGGUUCCCUCGGUGCAGCUGUUCUCCUCUGGUCGCAGAGCGUGGUCCGGAUAUACGCCAACGUCAGGUUCGAGCCCAGUAAGGUCAACAUCUUCGUGAAGGACUGUCAGAGAGGUGGCAAGGACGUGACCUGCAUGUCAGCCAUCGUGUGCUUCAACAUCACUGCCAGGACGGCCAUUCUGCCCACACAGGAAAUUGGAAUCAAGUAUAACGUCUCCAUCGCUGAGAGACGUUUCAAUCCUCGGGCCGUCCUGGACAACCCCAACGUGGUCCAGCCUCAGAACCUGACGCUGCUUCCUGGAGAGGAGAUCUGCCAACACAUCUAUUUCCACGUCAUGGAGACCACAGACUACGCAAGACCCAUAAUUUUCACUGUACAAGUGGGUCUGCGAGAUCCGGAGCAAGGAGCAGUUCUCGAUGACAGCUGGCCGACUGUUGUGAGGACUGAGCUGCCCUUCUGGAAUGGGUGUGACGAGGAUGACCGCUGCAUCCCGGACCUGGCACUGCAGAGUAUGAGUGACCUGAUGACCCGAAGUCAGUUCUGUGCGCAGCCGGUUCAGUCUCGUGGGGCUUUCUGCCGACACUUCAGCGAACGAGAGAUGGAGGGAUCUCUGCGGGUGCUGGAGGGAAACAGGAGGAGGAUGGUGGUGGACGUCCGGCUCGAGAACAAAGGAGAGAACGCCUACAAUGCUGGCCUCAAUAUCUCCUACUCACACAAUCUGCGCUUCUCCAGCCUGAUAGUCAAGGAUAACUCCGACAUCAAGAUUGAGUGUUACCUCGAGGACAAGCUGAGGAAUGAGAAGAUCUGCAACGUCAGCGCACCGUUCAUGAGGGCCAAAUCUCAGGUCUCGUUUCGCCUGGAGUUUGAGUUCAGUCGUACGGUCUUUCUGGAGCACGUCAGGGUCAUCCUGGAGGCCAGCAGCGACGGCGAGGAAAUGAGCACAGCUGAUAACUUCAAUGACAUCUACUACUCCCUGAGAUACGAGGGAGACCUUCUCUUCACCAGGGAUUCAAAUCCGAGCCGGUAUGAUAUCAAGUCAGAGCUGUCGCUGGAGGAGCCCGGAGUCACUGGUCCCCUUGUCAACUUCACUUUCCAGAUCCAGAACCUCGGCUACUUUCCAGUAAAAGAUCUACAGCUGAACAUUGAGAUCCCAGAAAUGACGAAGAAUGGGAACCAGCUCCUGCAGAUAUCUGACUUCCACAUCGAUCAGAGAGAUGGUACUCACUGUCUACCACCUCAGCAUGUGGCAGAGAGCCGAGCGUCACCUGAGGACCUCACACGCUUCUCCCGCUUGAACCGAUCCAACACUCUGAUUCUGCCGAUCCAGUGCUCCAUCAACGUGGCUUCCCACCGAGAAAUUGCCGUCAGAAUCACAGGAGCGCUACGAAUAGAUACCUUACACGCACUGAAGUUUAAAAUCCUGGAGCUGGUGACCAGUGCAUCGGUGGAGCUCCCCUCCUCCAGCCCCAUGUUUCUACAUGAAGAGAGGCCUGUCAGACAUAUAUUACUGGAGAUCAGGAAGGAGGGCGAUUACAGGAUCCCCACCUGGAUCAUCGUGGGCAGCACGUUGGGAGGACUCCUGUUGUUAGCUCUGCUCAGUCUCGCUCUGUGGAAGCUCGGCUUCUUCCGGCGGCAGAAGAGACGAGACGAGGACGAGCCGGAGGUGAACGGGAAGCCGGCAGAGCAGCGGUAACGCAGGCUGAGGGCCCCCAGCAGACACCUUUUCACCAGGGGACCCAACACUCAGGGACCAACCCACCUCCCCCACCCCCU